UAGUUCUGCCCGACCACUUCCCUCAGCAUGAAUGCUUGCAGUGUGAGGCUGAGUACUUCCAGCUGAAUGAGCUGUUUUGAGACUGCUGGGGCCACCACGUAUUGCCCAGUAGGGCUCGCUCAAUGAUGAGUGCUGCCAGAGUAACACUGAGGAGAGCUUUCAGUGCAGCGAGCAGACUGGACGCACCCCAAGACUGGAUAAGAGGUCAGGGUUCAUCACCCUUGGCUAACACAGCUCCUUGUUGCUCCUAUACAAACAAGCGGAUGCCAUGUUCCAGCAUUUGGCAAGGAUCAUGGUGUGUGGACGUAUCCCCUGGCCAAAAAGGUGUUCGGUGAGACUCUGAAUGAAAGCAAUGAGCCAGACCGGCCACCCAAGAAGUACACUUCAUACUUCAACCUGAGGUUAACCUACUAAGUGCCAGCCUUUGACAAACUGAGCAAGGCUGGCUUUCACAUGGUGGCUUGCAAUUCCACAGGGACAUCUGCUUUUUUUAACUAUAUGGAGAUGAUUUGGAGUAGCUACACUUCUUUAAGAGAAAUGGUGAGGUUGGGCACUGAUGUUGUGUGUACAGACCACUCCAGUUCUUCGACUCCAACAUUGGCAAACUAUGUCUUCAUGGAUUUCACAUUGUGCACGGGAACAUUGUCAUGCUGAAACAGCUUCUGGCCACUGAGAUCGGUAUUGUUUCAACACAGAUCACCAAAGCAGACAAAGCUGAGCACAUCAAAAGGAAAAGGCACACGGUUUCCCACACUACGCACCUGGAUUUGGGGGCCAGACCUCGUACUGCGGCGCAGGGUUUUCUGGGCUCGAGCACCGGAGCAGAGGAUCCUAGAGUGGUGCGGAUGGCACAUCAGGUGAAGGAAGUGCUACCAGAUGUCCCUCUGAGUGUUAUCACCAGAGAUCUGUACGUUACAUAGAGAAACAUGGCCUGGAUCUAGAGGAAGACUCGUGAGUGUGGACAAACCACUCAAGUUAAUUGAUGGACAGUUAAUUGGAGUUCACACAAUGUUCCUAAAACAAGGAGAAGAAAGCGUUACACUGACUUUACCUGCAUUUUUGUUCAGCAAACAGAUGAAAAGAAGGGUUGGAAAUAAGAGUUUUGGAAUAAGUUGACUUCAAUGGAUUUUUAUUAAUCCUCUUGCAUGGCAAUCAUGCAUGUCUUUUUAAUGAUUUCUCUGCUACAGAAAAAAAGAUUAUUUUGGUAAACAGUUUGUACUACACCCCAGUACCAGUGGAACAUCUCAUAUUAUUUUUAUAACGUUUAGACUUAGAAAGCAGGAGCUUGGCAUUGUGUGGUACCGAACAAAAACCCAGUCUGAGGUUAUGUUGUAAGGAUAUGUGUUGAUUCAGUAUCAGACAUUAAAGAUCAUUUAUAAAUGAAAAAUCUUGUUUUAUUUUGCUGUUUCAUUUAGUUCCCUGAAUAUCUCGAAGGAAUCAAUGUUAAACUGUCAUUAUUAUUUGUUUUGAAUCAUGUGGAGACAAACUGGCAGUUUGAUUUAAAUUAUCUGUGUACAAUUAACUCAUUUGCUUUAAUAGUCUGUCAGUUGCAUCAUUUCCACACCUCUUCUCAAUCCAUGAACUUGUGGUGUUUGUAACAGAAACAAUGCAACACUCAGGGCCUGUUCAGCGUACAUGACCUAGUCUGCCAGGCAGAUCAGUGACUAUUUGCCACCAAUUUCUGAAGAUCUUACAAUGACCACUAACUAAAAUGAACUAAAAUUUUUCAUAUAGCUAAUUCACAAAUCUCAAUAUUUUAUAAUACACAUGCUAACUAGACAGACACUGAGUAAUUGCGGAGCAGACUUUAUAACUAGUCUAUACCCAAGGUUGUACUUUCUGUAGCUAGGGAUCCCUUUAACUGUAGAAAUAAAUUCAGUGGACCCCCUUUUUAUUUCAUGAACAUUAUUUAAAUGUGUACAAUAACAUUUUGUCUAUGUGUUGGAGUC